CCCCACCCUCUCUCUCUCUGAUGCACAGGACGGUGGCCUCAGAGGUCAGAAAGCAAGUGUCAAGAGAGUAUGGUUCCCCGCAGCUUUCCAAGAAGAGAGGAGGUGUUCACCAGCCCGUCCCCCUGUCCGAGGUGGUGGAGCCCGUGGACUUUGAGGAGUAUGUGAGCAGCCACGCCCCGGGGGCGGAGCCUGGUCCCCUCCGUCAGCUGAUGGAGUUCCCCCCGGACGACCUGAACCUGGUGCAGCAGGUGAAGGAGUGCUCCACCCUGGAGCCGCCGCGGCCUGAAGAGGACCCACUGGACCCUAGAGUGAGAGACGCCCUGGCAGUCUACACAGAUGACUGGCUCGUCAUUCAGAGAAAGUAUCUACACUACAGUGCCGCAUACAGCCCCCACAACUCUGAGAGCCAGCGAGAGAGGCAGCGAGGUCUGGUCAAACAGACCUUUGAGCUCGAUGAGGUGGCGGCCGCCGAUCGUCAUGACGACCAGGACGACAUCAAGCGGCGCUCGGCCUCCCUGGACGACACGCCGCGCGGCAGCUGGGCCUCCAGCAUCUUCGACCUGAAGAACUCGUCGCCGGACGUCCUGCUUCCCGCCGUCCUGGAGCGCGCCGCCGCCGAGGACCUGGACCGGCGCAACACGGAGGCGCGGCUGCAGGGGCGUCACCCCGACCUGCUGGGGCUGUACCCCACGCCCGAUGAGGACGAGGCGGUGGAGAGGUGCUCCCUACCCGAGGUGCCCAAGGAGCACUGUGGCCAGAGGAUCAUGGUGAAGUGUCUGUCCCUCAAAUUUGAAAUUGAAAUCGAGCCGAUAUUCGGGACACUCGCGCUGUACGACGUCAAGGAGAAAAAGAAGAUCUCGGAGGACUUCCACUUUGACCUCAACUCGGAUCAGAUGAAGGGCCUGCUGAAAGUCCACACCCCCAACACGGCCAUCUCCACCAUGGCCCGCUCCGCCAUCUUCUCCAUCACCUACCCCUCCGCCGAUAUCUUCCUGGUCAUUAAGCUGGAGAAAGUGCUGCAGCAGGGUGACAUCGGAGAAUGCUGUGAGCCCUACAUGGUGAUGAAGGAGUCGGAUUCAGCCAAGCACAAGGAGAAGCUGGAGAAGCUGCGCUCGCAGGCGGAGCAGUCGUGCACCCGUCUGGGCCGCUUCCGCAUGCCCUUCGCCUGGACCGCCAUCCACCUGCUCAACAUCGUCAGCAGCGUGGGCGGACUGGACCGCACCGACCCCGACUCGGACUCCGAGAAAAAAAGCCACAGCGGCACGUGGAACGAGAGGAAGAAGAAGGGCUUUGAGCGCAUGAGCGUGGGGGAGGACAUGUGCAACUUUGCCACCUUCCGGCCAGCGACACUGACCGUCACCAACUUCUUCAAGCAGGAAGGAGACAGACUGAGCGAUGAAGAUCUGUACAAGUUUUUGGCCGACAUGCGCCGACCUUCUUCUGUUCUUCGACGACUCAGGCCUGUCACGGCCCAGCUGAAGAUCGACAUCUCCCCCGCGCCCGACUCCCCUCACUACUGUCUGUCCCCCGAGCUGCUGCACGUCAAGCCCUACCCGGACCCCCGUGUCCGGCCCACCAAGGACGUGCUGGAGUUCCCCGCGCGCUGCGUGUACACGCCCCACACCACCUACAGGAACCUGCUGUAUGUGUACCCACAGAGCCUGAACUUCAACAGUCGUCAGGGCUCGGUGCGCAACAUUGCGGUGAAGGUUCAGUUCAUGGCAGGGGAGGAUCCCAGCCUGGCCAUGCCUGUGAUCUUCGGGAAGUCCAGCUGUGCCGAGUUCAUGAAGGAGGCGUACACGCCCAUCAUCUACCACAACAAGUCCCCCGAGUUCUACGAGGAGACCAAGAUGAAGAUUCCCGCCAACCUGACGGACAACCACCACCUGCUGUUCACCUUCUACCACAUCAGCUGCCAGCCCAAGCAGAACACCCCCCUGGAGACCCCCGUGGGCUACACCUGGAUCCCCCUGAUGCAACAUGGCCGCCUGCGCACCGGCUCCUUCAGUCUGCCCGUCUCUGUGGAGAAGCCCCCGCCCAGCUAUUCCGUCCUCACCCCAGACGUCCAGCUACCUGGCAUGAAGUGGGUGGAUAACCACAAGGGCGUGUUCAACGUGGUGGUGACUGCUGCCUCCUCUGUUCACACACAGGACCCCCACCUUGACAAGUUCUUCACGCUGGUGUACGUGCUGGAGGAGUACUCGUUCCCCUUCCGCCUGAAGGACGUCAUCAUCACGGAGGCCAACAUGGAGGGCGAGCUGAAGGCCAGCAUGGCGGCACUGCGCGGGGCUCUGCUGGACACCUGCGUGCGCUUCCUGCACCAGCUGCUCAGCAAGCUCAUCCUGCUCAUCGUGUACCCGCCCGUCAUCGCCGGCCAGAUCGUCAACCUGGGCCGGGCGGCGUUCGAGGCCAUGACGCUGCUGGUCAAUCAGAUCCACAAGAACCUGGAGGGCAACCAGGACCAGCACGGCCGCAACAACCUGCUGGCCUCCUACAUCCACUACUGCUUCCACCUGCCCACCGUCGAGCCAAGCGUGCCCCCCACAACGGGCACGCCGCCCUACGAGCUGCCCAUCCAGUACGCCACGCUGUCCAGGGCCAGCGGCCGGCCCAGCAGCCUGCACCUGUCCCGCUCCAAGAGCAUCAGCAACUCCAACCCCGACCUCGCCACCAGCCCGGCCACCCCUGACCAGGAGGUGCAGAGGAUCAUCGGCAGCAAGGGCAUAGACCGCUCCCAUUCUUGGGUAAUCUGCUUAUGGCCCUGGGGGCCCCAGAUCGGUGCUCCGUCGGAAUCCCAACUCCAGCUGUGAUCUCAAGCAG